AUACAAGGGCAGUUUAUAAACCAGUUCAGAUUUGAUUCAGAGUUCAGACUGAGUCAGGGGGUAUUGAGACCUCUUAAAGGAUACCCCAGACCUACAAAACACAGGGGCAGGUCUUAGUCCAAAUAUGUCAGAUACAGAAGAAGUUCAAUACGAUGAGAAUGAGGGUGCAGCCAUGGAUCAUGGAGAUGAAGAAGAGGCAAAACCAAAGCCAAAAGCUUUCCUUCCACCCAUGGUACCUCCCAAAAUACCUGAUGGGGAGAAAGUUGACUUUGAUGAUAUCCACCGUAAACGCAUGGAGAAGGACCUGACAGAGCUCCAGUCCCUAAUUGAGACACACUUUGAGAGUCGCAAAAAAGAAGAGGAGGAAUUAAUCUCCCUAUCCAGUAGAAUGGAAAAACGACGAGCAGAAAGAGCUGAGCAGCAGAGAAUCCGUGCAGAAAAAGAGCGAGAGCAUCAGAAAAAGCAGGCAGAAGAAAGGGCACGGAAAGAGGAAGAAGAAGCAAAGAAAAAAGCUGAGGAAGAUGCCAAGAAAAAGAAGGUUCUGUCAAAUUUACAGUUCACUGGAUACAUGCAUAAGACCGAGAAGCGUGGAACACCAAGAAAACAAACAGAGAGAGAGAAGAAAAAAAAGAUUCUUAGUGAACGGCGUAAGGAGCUUAAGGUUGAAGAACUGAAUGCUGAGCAGCUCAGAGAAAAAGCCAGUGAACUUUGGAAGUGGAUGCACCAACUUGAGGCAGAGAAAUUUGAACUGCAAUACAAAUAUACACGUCAAAAAUACGAGGUCACUGUUCUGAGAAACAGGGUCAGCGACCAUCAGAAAAAUACCAAAGGACCCAGAAGUAAGAGAGGUUUGAGAAAAUAGAAGGUCGUCACCAGUGGAACAUGCCAAUGUGGAAAAUGUGGCUUUUAUCCAUGACCUUCUAUAGAACAACCAUGGUGACCUCAUAGCAAAAUUAGGAAUAUAUAAAAAAGUAUAUUCUUAGUACAGGUAAUCUGUUUUUUUUUUGUUUUUUUAAAUUUAGUAAUAGUUUUACAAACAAGAUAUUUACCUAAAUCUUGAUCUAAAUGACUUGUGCAUCUUCUUAUUGUAAGAACUUCAUUAGUUUUACAAAUGUGACCAUAUUCAUAUCAGUAACUAAACAUCCAUGAUUACAGAUAAACAUAACUAAUAAGAAACCAAUAAAUCACGAUGAAAGGUG